AUGAGCCAGGCCCCGAACUGGGCCCAGGCAGUGAGAAGGACACCGAGGACAGACCUGGCAUACAGUGGCAAGAUCCACACAGGGGAGAAGAACGUUCAAGGAGAUGAAGGAAACUUCUGGACUUUUCCCUGCUGUGGGAAGGAAGGCCUGGCCUUGGCCACGGACGCUGCUCACAGCUCCUCUUUCCAGCUCUCGGGCAGGACGGCACAGCCAGGCCCAGCCCUGGUGCUGGGGGUGAACCUGUGCUUGGUGCACUUUCCUGGGCAGAAUAGCACCAUCUUCUACAAAAAUCAGCUUGGCCGCUAUCCUUCCCUGGGGCCCCAGGGCAUAGCUUACAAUGGGGGCGGGGGGGGGGGGGGAAUCCCCCAGGGUCACCUGGCCCGGGCUGCCCAGCAGAUCGGCCUCGGCCUGCGAUCCAGCUUCAGGGGCCUGGCAGUACUGGACUGGGAGGAAUGGCAUCCACUCUGGACUGGGAACGAGUGUGGCAAUGGCUGGCACCAUAUGGCUUCCAACUACACGGGCCACUGCCACACAGCUACCCUUGCCUCAAACACCCAGCUGCAUUGGUUGGGAGCUGCCUCGAGUGCUCUCUUCCCCAGCAUUCUCCCACCCAGGCUGCCACCUGCCCACCACCAAGCCUUCGCACACCGCCUGGAAGAGGCUUUCCGGGUGGCUCUUGCUGGGCAUAUCCACCCUCUACCUGUCCUGGCCUAUGCCCGCCUCACACACCAGGAUUCUCGGAGAUUCCUGUCUCAGAAUGACCUGGUGCAGACCAUUGGUGUGAGUGCAGCACUGGGGGCAGCGGGUGUGGUGCUCUGGGGGGGCCUGAGUUUCUCCAGCUCUGAGGGUGCCUGCUGGCGUCUCCAUGACUACCUGGUGGGCACCCUAGGUCCCCACGUGAUCAGUGUGACCAAGGCAGCCAAGGCCUGCAGUCACCAGCGGUGCCAUGACCAUGGCCGCUGUGUACGACGAGAUCCAGGACACAUGGAAGCCUUUCUGCACCUGCAGCCAGACGGCAGCCUUGGAACUUGGGAGUCCUUCAGCUGCCGCUGUUAUUGGGGCUGGAUUGGCCGGACCUGCCAGACCCCUAAGCCUGGGCUGAAAGAAGCAACAUAA